UAGGUAAGGAAUCCCAGUGGGCCAGUGACUUGUCAAAAACCCAACAGACACCCUAUUCGUGUGGAAGCUGGUAUUACCUAAUCCAUGGCCCGCUUUGUGACGGAAGAGCUCUACGAAUGGAACAGAACAGACACCACUACCAGUCUAAGAAACCCUCCAACCACGAAGCGCAUCGACAACGACAUAAAGGAUACGAUCGCGGGACCUGAGAUAUCCCGGUGUUGCCCUCAUAAGACACGAGUUUCCCAGCGACCUGCGACCUGAGCGCCGCAUACCAGCAAUACCGCAACAAUGCCGUCGGAACGCGACUACCAAAUAUCCCCCAUUGUGCAGGAAUCCGUCAUGCACAACACCAAGACCCUAUCAAACCUGCAGAGUCUUUCAGCAUCCCUCUUCGGUGUCGCGGCUGGCAUCCUCGGCCUCGAAUCGUACAGUGGUUUCCUCUUCUACCUCGUCUUCUCUCUCAUCACCGCCGGCUUGUUCUACGUUCUACGCAUCGCUCCCGAAUCGACGUCGGCAGGUCUCCCAAUCCUCAGUACAAGCCGUUACUUCAAGGGACCAUUCGACUUCUGGACAAGUGGGCUGCUUGGAGGUCUUUCUGGUUUCAUUCUCACUUGGACGUUGUUCUACGGUUUGGUGAGGGCAUGAUGAGAUACGGGUGGUCAAGGUGGCAUUUCUGGCGUCAGGUGUUGAGGGAACAGCAUACGGGUCUAGUCGCAGGUAUAUAUCAUAGCAGAACCGUAAUCUGAAAAAGAGUAU